ACAACCAGGGAGCCCUUUCCCGUGUCCUCCCUCCCCUUCUUCUCCUCCUCCUCUUAGUCGUCCUCCUCCUCCUCGUCCUCCUCCUCCUCCAUUUUGCUAGCUGUCUGUGACUAGAGCCCGAGUCACCGCCCGCCUGUCGGGGACGGCUGAAAGUGGGUGUAAGAAGGAGAGGACGGGUGGGAGGGCUCCGGGGAGAAGAAAUGUACCAAUAAACAACAGUCCAGAAGACCCGAACAGGGGCCGAAGACUGUUCUUGGCGGUGCGGGAAAGGGGCAAGACUUUUUAAAUAGGGGUUCUCCCCCAUUCCCCCCAUGGAAAAGGGGGCGGCUGUUUACUUCCUUUUUUUAGAAAAACAUUUUUUCCUCCUCCUUUCACACGCUAAGUUGUUUAUUUCGACCGCGGUGGGAGCUGUGGAAGGUGGCGGGAGAAGCGGACCCCUGGAUGAGCUGGUAUUAACUGAUGGACUCAAAGGAAUCAUUAAGUCCCUCCCUUGGAGAAGAAACCACCAAAAGUAUACAUGGUCGAAGCAGAGGAAAUGUAAUGGACUUUUACAAAACGAUAAGGGGUGGAGCUGCUGUGAAGAUUCCUGCAUCUUCAUCCUCACAGGCUGCUGCUUCUCAGUCAGACUCUAAGCAGCAGCCUCUUUUGGGUGACUAUUGUAAAGGAUCAGCAAGCAGUGCACAACAGCCAGACCUCUCCAAGGCGGUCUCGCUAUCAAUGGGACUCUACAUGGGUGACACAGAUUCAAAAGUGAUGGGAAAUGAUCUGGUAUUUCCUCAACAGGGCCAAAUUGGUGUUUCUUCUGGUGAAACAGAUUUUAGGCUUCUUGAAGAGAGCAUUGCAAACCUCAGUAAAUCAUCCAGGGUGCCCAAAAGCCCCAAGAGGUCAGCAUCUUCUACAAACAAUGAAUUUCCAUCAACAUCCAAUUUCGAUAAAGCUUUAGAAAAGCCGACUUUAAAAAAGGGCCCGACUGGCACUAAUGAUGGCAGUGCAAAAUUGUAUACUGAAGACCAAAGUACCUUUGAUAUUUUACAGGAUUUGGAGUUGUCCUCUGGGUCCCCAAGUAAAGAGGCAAAUGAGAGCCCUUGGAGAUUAGACCCCUUGUUAGAUGAAAACUGUUUGCUUUCUCCUUUGGCAACAGAUGAGUCAUUUCUUUUAGAAGAAAAUGCAGAUGAAGACUGCAAGCCUCUUAUUUUGCCGGACACUAAGCCUAAAAUUACUGAGCAGGGGGGUCUAAUUUUGCCCAGUUCUAAUAUGCCAUUGCCUCAAGUGAAAACAGAAAAGGAAGAUUUUAUUGAACUUUGUACUCCUGGGGUAAUUAAACAGGAGAAACUGGGCCCAGUUUACUGUCAAGGAAGUUUUUCUGGGGCAAAUAUGAUUGGCAACAAGAUGUCUGCCAUUUCUGUCCAUGGUGUGAGUACCUCAGGGGGACAGAUGUACCACUACGACUUGAAUACUUCGUCCCUUUCUCAGCAGCAGGAUCACAAGCCUGUAUUUAAUGUCAUUCCACCCAUUCCUGUUGGUUCAGAAAAUUGGAAUAGGUGCCAGGGAUCUGGAGAUGACAACUUGACUUCCUUGGGAACUCUAAAUUUCACUAAUAGAUCUGUUUUUUCUAAUGGAUAUUCAAGCCCUGGAAUGAGACCAGAUGUAAGCUCUUCUCCAUCCAGUUCCUCUACAACAGCGGGACCACCCCCCAAACUCUGCCUUGUUUGCUCCGAUGAGGCUUCAGGAUGUCAUUACGGUGUCCUAACUUGUGGAAGUUGUAAAGUGUUCUUCAAAAGAGCAGUGGAAGGGCAGCACAAUUAUCUUUGUGCUGGAAGAAAUGAUUGUAUCAUUGAUAAAAUUCGAAGAAAAAACUGCCCAGCAUGUCGUUACCGAAAAUGUCUCCAAGCUGGAAUGAACCUAGAAGCUCGAAAGACAAAGAAGAAAAUUAAAGGAAUUCAGCAGCCCAAUCCAGCAGCAACAAGAGAGAAUUCUGAAAGUCCUGUCAACAAAACGAUGGUUCCUGCCUCGUUGCCACAGCUUACUCCAACGUUGGUAUCACUCCUGGAGGUCAUUGAGCCAGAGGUGUUAUAUUCAGGAUAUGACAGCACGGUGCCUGACACCACUUGGAGGAUCAUGUCAACACUUAACAUGUUAGGAGGGCGACAAGUGAUUGCAGCAGUGAAGUGGGCAAAGGCAAUACCAGGUUUCAGAAACUUACACCUGGAUGACCAAAUGACCCUGCUGCAGUACUCCUGGAUGUUCCUGAUGUCUUUUGCACUAGGGUGGAGAUCGUACAAACAAGCGAGUGGCAGCCUGCUGUGUUUCGCUCCCGAUCUCAUUAUAAAUGAGCAGAGGAUGAAUUUACCUUGCAUGUAUGACCAAUGUAAACAUAUGCUACUUGUGUCCAGUGAAUUACAAAGACUUCAGGUUUCUUAUGAAGAAUAUCUCUGCAUGAAAACCUUAUUACUUCUCUCUUCAGUUCCCAAGGAAGGUUUGAAGAGCCAGUCACUCUUUGAUGAGAUUAGAAUGACUUACAUCAAAGAGCUGGGGAAAGCCAUAGUCAAGAGGGAAGGAAACUCAAGUCAGAACUGGCAGCGAUUUUAUCAGCUGACUAAACUUCUGGACUCCAUGCAUGAGAUAGUUGAAAACCUUUUGAACUAUUGCUUCCAAACGUUUUUGGAUAAGACCAUGAGCAUCGAGUUCCCAGAGAUGUUGGCUGAGAUCAUCAGCAAUCAGAUACCAAAAUACUCAAAUGGAAAUAUCAAAAAACUGCUGUUUCAUCAGAAGUGACUGCCUUAAUACAAGAGGUUGCCUUAAAGAAAAGUCAGAUUUAUAGCUUUUGUCACACAGACUUAUAGACUGGUUCAUUUCUGUCCUCGUGGCGGCGUUUCUUCUGCAAUUAUGCACUACAUGUGGUUUCUAGCGGGCCAAGACUUGGACAUGAACACAGUUGCUUUGAAGCAACAGGAGAGGUAGGGAGAAAGAAAGUGAAAUAAGUCAUUUGUACAUCCUGGAAAUCAGACACGUCAUUUUGGGAAAGAACUUCCCAGUGGACAGAAGAUGGCACCCCAACUCCCGCUGCCAGGAAUCUGCAUCAUGAACAUUCUACUAGUGAUUUUCCACAGCUGGUUGGAUAAGUGUUUUCUAGGACUUUUUUGGUCAUGUUUUUCUUUUUUUUUCUUCCUUUCUCCCCCUGUAUAGUUAAGAUAGCCUUUUGAUUUAUGCAUGGUAACCCAAAAAAAGUUUACAAAUGUAUGCCAGAAAAGGGAAGUCGUGCCUUUUAUAGCUAUAACUGUCUGGUUUUAGCAAUUUCCUUUACCUUUAUAUCCAGUGAACUAAGCCUGCCCAUUUUUCUUACAUCAUUUUUGUAUUCGAGUUGCCUGUUGUACAGCUGUCUGUUUCAGGUGGGCACUCUGUUCACGGCUUUCCUAAAUAAACGCUAACCAUUAUUCUUCUGUGUGAAAAUGGGUUGGUGCUUCUACUCUGAGAGUGUUUUGCUCUCAGGAGACCACAAACAAAAUUUUCUCAGACCUCGAGUCUUUACCAGUUAUCACCCUAAUGCUAUAUAAGAUAUAUCUACACAUCCGCAUAGCGAAUAGACGCAGUCCCGCCCCAGCAGCCAACUGGUACAUGUCACCCAGUCUGGUGGCCUACUCAAUAAGCUAUGGUAACUAGAGAAUAACUUUUAGAAAUGGCCUAAUCACACAGUUAUGGCAGAAUUAAAAACAUAGGAGCAAGAUUCUGAACACAUGGGUUCUAAAUCCUGCCAGCUCUGACAUUCUUCAGGCCUCCCUCCUCAUCAGGGUUUUACAGAAUAAGUGUCCACAGAAAGAUGGCAAGGAAGUAAGCAUUGAAUCUCAUUGGGGGAUCCCUUUAUUAGAACAGCCCAGAGAAGUUUUUCAGUCAUACCUGGACAUCCUGUGUCUGUUCUUAAAAUCAGUACUGCGCUUUUCUAAAUUUUAUUCAAACAAGAAGCCAACCUUAUCUGGUUUUUAAAAGGCUCAAUUUGCUGAACCACAAAAUCAAAACCAAACGAAAAAAACUGGCUAGACACCCAUUUUCACAUUCCCAUCUAGAUCCUCAGCUUUGAAUCUUUGUGAUUUCCAAUCAUGUUGUCAGACUUUUACGUUUGUGAGGCUUACAUAUCCCUUCCUUUCCACUUUCUCGUGUGCCAUAAAUUUGACAGGGGUCUUGUGAAUCUCUCCUCCUCACUAUGGGUGAUCAUUUUAGAAGAUUUAGAAGCUGUAGUAGCCCUUUCUGUGUGCACCUUACCGACCUUCUGUAAGUUCAAAACUUAACCUAUUUACUGAGCCACGACGAGAAUUGAUUUUUAUUCAGUGGCCAAAUUAUUUGUGUAAUAGAAACUGAAAAAAAUCUAAUAUUAAAAAUAUGAAACUUCUAAUAUAUUUUUAUAUUUAGUUCUACUUUCAGAUAUACAUAUAUAUAUAAAUAUAUAUCAUAUUGGUAUUCACUAAUCCAGGAAGGGAAGGGCUACUGCAGCUUUACAUGCAAUUUAUUCAAGUGAUUGUAAAAUAGCUUGUAUAGUGUAUAAUAAGAAUGAAUUUUUAGAUGACAGAUUGUUUUAUCAUGACAUGUUCUAUAUUUUUCAUAGGGUUCAGAGAAAUGCAGAAGGGUAAUCUAAACGAUUUAUAGUUUGUGUGUGAGUGUUCAUAUAGUUGGCACAGGUCCCCAGAAAGUUAUCCAUAGAUGAGAAUAGAGGGACUGAGGAGGCAAUCCUACAUGUGGCCAUUUUGCCAAGGCCACAUCCCAUCAAGUUGUGAACAGCAUCAUCCCAUUACCUGGAAUUCCAAUCACCUUUCUUGUUCAGUGAGUCUGUUGUCCCUACAGGUUGGUUUGACCUCCUGCUGAAAAAAAAAAUGAAAAGAAAUGAAGGAAGAAAAACAAAGAAAGGAAGAAAGAAAAAUAGACAAAGCAGGGGGAUGAAGAGGGUAGCUCUGAGAUAUGUAUGGGCACUGGCCAAUAGCGGGGUUACUUUCACAUACAGCCUCUCAUACAGCUUAGCAAAAACAGUGGCUUAAGGAGCUUGGCAAUAAUAAUGCAUACAGGUACCAGCAAUGUGUAUAUAUACUGCAAAGCAUCACAGGUCACUCACAAUACACUAAUUCUUUUCUGUCCUAUGGCAAGGCUUCACUUCCCUUUAAAGUGAGGGAGUGAGACUUUUCUUGGAUUGCUUUUCGAAUGCUACAAGCUUCAGUAUUUGAUAUGCCUUUGCUUUUAUUUUUUUUAAAUGGAGUAAUCACUUGCUAUUUUUUUCAAAUGCAUAAUAAAAAGGGAUGCUUUUUUCCUGAUGGCCAGGAUCCAAGUGUUACUGUAAGAUAUUGUUCACCUAGCUGGAGGGGAAGUUUUACAGUGCCUCAGAAAUAAUGUUUCAAGAUUCACAAGAGAGUUCGGUUUCAAAACCUGUUCCAGGAAAAGAAAUCUGUGCCCGAAGAAUGUGGUCGACACCAGUUUCCUCCCAAGUUUAAGAAAUAUCACAUACUAAUGGUCUGCUGAGGGAAGGUCCUACUGACAAUUGUGAGAUUGCCCUAAAGCCAUUCACUGGAGAAAGAAUGGCAGCCACCCUUUUGGGAUGAGUAUAAAUGCAGAUGGAAUACAAUUUAAACUAGGUCAGCGUGCAUGGGCUGCAAUUGUGGACCUCGGACAAAAGUUAGACCAGGUGCUACUCGCAGGCAGCCCUCAUCCUCCCACUAGUAUUUAACUAUUCACGCCUAUUUUGCUUGUUAUUCACUUUAGUGUGAAUUGCAAGGCAUGUGUGUCCCAUACAGAUACACCAUGAAAAAUGCUUCCCGUUAUAGCUCAAAAAUGUGACCCUCCUUUGUUGACUUUAUGAUGUGAUAUGGGAUACCACAGGGAUAGGCUGAGGUGAUGGGGCAACAUGGAAACAAAAUUGUACAGCCUCUUAGUAUCUGCCAUUCUCCUUCCCAUCUUAGCAGGGGAAGGGAAAGGUAGUUGACUAUCAGAUAGUCUCCUCUCAUACAAAAGUAGGAGAGGAAAUCCAUGUUGCCCGACUUUUCACCCAUGCAGCAUCGUAUCAUCUCCCCUUGGUGCCAAGCCCAGAAGAAACCCUGUCCAAAGAGGGAAGAGCUGGCAGUUGGUUUGUGGCAAUGGAAGUAGCAUAGAAUGAGAUUCAGAAAUGACUUCAAACUUUGCUUUAAAGCAGAUCAAAAAGACCCCUCUCACUUCGACAGAGACAGUGUUCAACUGUCCCUAAAUCCACAGGUUUAAACAUGCUUUCUGAAAGACUUGUCUUGAUACUCCAUAGAAUGUAAAACACUAGCAUUGAUGGGUCCCUUUGCUUUGAUAAAGGGAUAUGAUCUUGUUGAGUCACACAAAAAUGUAGUAGAUAUUAAUUAUCAUGUGUGUUUCAUCAGCCUGUUUCCAGCAUAGGGACAGGGGAGGGAAGGGAGAAAAUACAAGGAGAAUGCGUUUAAGCAGUAUUUUAAAUGGCACAACUGUCAUCCAAAACCAGUCAUGUAUUCCAGGUCUUGGUACGUCAGUGGCUAUCGAUGUGCUGAGACAAGAGCCUCAUUUUUAGGAAAGAAAUAGAGUCUCUUUCAAAGAAGGAUUUCGCUUUCUGUUGAAAGGCUGUGUGUAUGAAAAUAGCCCCCUUAGGUAUUUUACCUUGCUUAACUACAUAUAGAUUCAAGUGUGUCGAUAUUCUAUUUUGUAUAUUAAACAAAAGCUUAUGUAAUGGGGACAGAUCUAUAUUAUACUGUGUAUGGCAUUAUUAAAAAGCUUUUUCAUUAUUUUUUAUCACAGUAAUUUUAAAAUGUGUAAAAAUAAUUAAAACCAGUGACUCCUGUUUAAAAAAUAUAUAAAAGUUGUAGUUUUUUAUCCAUGCUGAAUAAUUCUAUAGUAAAGAAAAUAAUUCUGUAGUAAAACAUGUCUUUUUCACCCACUCAGUGCAACGGUGGAUUGUAAAAUCUCGUGUGGAAAUGUUUAACUUUUACUUUUUGUUUUAAUUCGCCGUCCCAGUAAUAUCACCCCACACGUUUGUACAGAAUUGGCAGUAAAUGGUAGUCAUUUACAGCUAUGCCAAAUCAUGGCCAGAAAUCAUAAUAAAAACUUGCUUUUUCCAUCAA